AUGGAAGCGGAACUUCCCAAGGAGACCCAGCAGAUUGACAGAUUUCUCCAAGCAUUCGCCAAUCGCUAUCACGAAUGUAACCCUGGUAUCUACUCGACGCCAGAUCAGGCAUACUUCAUUGCCUUCUCCCUGCUUAUUCUACACACCGAUGUGUUCAAUAAGAACAAUAAGCACAAGAUGCAGAAGCCUGACUACAUCAAGAAUACGCGAGGAGAAGGCAUCUUCGAUGAGAUUCUGGAAGUCUUUUAUGACAACAUCACCUAUACUCCUUUCAUUCACGUUGAAGAUGAUUUGGAUAUCAAUGGUGAACGAAUUGUUUCUCACAAAACAAAAAAGAAGGGCAUCUUUCCAACCAAUACCACACCAGAGGCCACACUGAAAAAGGCUACGAAGGAACCAAUCGACCCGUACACGCUCAUUAUUGAUCAUAAGCUUGACAUACUAAGGCCGAACCUGAAGGAAGUCAUGCAUCUGGAAGACCACUACAGCUACCUUGGGACAGCGAAAACUCUCGACCUCAAGGAGUUACAGAAGACCUUUUUCCGGACUGGCAUUCUCCAGAUCGUCUCUGCCCGGUCUCGUCCUGAUGCUUUCAUGUCCGAAAAGACCGCGACGAACCCCCAAGAAGCGCAGCCCGGAGUAGUAGAUAUCAAGAUCACCAAGGUCGGUUUACUCUGGCGGAAGGAUCUCAAAAAGAAGAAAACAAGAUCCCCCUGGCAAGAAUGGGGUGCCAUUCUCACCGGGGCUCAACUUUACUUCUUCCGGAAUGUGGCCUGGGUCAAGAACCUCAUGCAUCAAUACGAUAGUCAUCUGAAGCAAGGCCAUGACGGUAUACCCAUCAUCUUCAAACCCCCAUUGGAUCAAUUCAAGCCAGAUGCUCUGAUUUCGACAGACGGUGCUGUCGCCCUCAUGGACUCCACCUACAAGAAGCACAAAAAUGCCUUCGUGUACGUGAGGCACGGGGGCUUCGAAGAGAUCUUGAUUGCCGAUAACGAGGUAGAAAUGAAUGACUGGCUAGCGAAGCUCAAUUAUGCAGCUGCUUUCAGGACGUCAGGUGUUCGCAUGCGAGGCGUUGUCGGCGGUAAUUACGACGGACAGAGCCGGAGAGCACUACGAAGACUCGAUUCUGAGUCGGUACUGACGGCUUCCGGUGAAGUCACCAUCGCUCGGUCGCGGAUAGAUCACAAGAUGGCUGAGGAUAUCCUGGCUGCUAGAAGAGAAAUCAUGUUCCAGAAGGUGUCUGAUGCUAAUAACACGCUUGAGCAUGAGGAGAAGAAACUGGAACUGCAGCUUAGGAACGCGCGGCAUCUCCAAAUUCUUGCGCCUGUCCAGCCAAAAACCCGAGACCAGAUGCUGAUGUCUGCUGCACGUCUCGCUGCUCAACUGAAGUGGACUCGUGUUGAGAUUUGGAAACUGAAGUGUCAUCGAGACAUCCUUCUCAUGGAUCUCGAAGAAGAACGGCUCUUGAUGGGUCUUCCAGCAGAGGGCAGUGUCGAAUCCCUCUCGGCUGACAAGACUUCUCUUGCUCGCGAGAGGUCCAAGGCUAGCAGUGGCACUGCCAUGCCAAAGAGCCCCAAGUCGCCCGCCGCAUUGUCUCUGCAGAAGACCCCUGUUGUUGGUGAGCAGCCUGAUGUCGACUCGCCCAUGACUGAUGUUUUCACAACACCGCCGACAAGCGCUACUGCUCCGUCUUUCCACAGACAUCAAAACUCCUGGGAUCUACCUACCAAAAACUUGGACGCUGAGGCUCUUAGGAAAGGAUCUGUCUCUAGUGCAGUCUCCUCGAAUCUUUCCAUCACUGCCACGCCACCACGAAAGAUUGGAAGCUCUAGCUCCGCGAAAACCCCAGUCGAAGACCAUCUGGAGCCCGAUGCUGGUGAAAGGGGUCUACUUGAGCAGGCUGGCUUGGUUGUGGUAGACCCAAGUCGUAGCCCUGAAUCGAAGAAACAAGCAGCAGCGAUCGACAGUGGUGAAAGUGCCCAUGAAGGUCGUGAAGGCAUCCCUCCCAGUAGCUCUACGGGCGGACAGGAUCGUUCUAAGAUCCGUCGUAGCCUACAACGCACUCUUAGGGAGGGUGCAGGCCAUCUGUCACAUGCUCGUAGCAGGAAAGGCAAGGACUCGACUCCGGGUGCUGCUACAGAUGAUGCUGCAAGCGACGCCGACACACUUACCCGCGGAUCAGGCUCAUUCUUGGUCCAUGGCAAGAAAGCGUCUGUUAUCAACUUCGGUCCAGAUCUUCCAAGCAUGUCACCAGAUGAACGCAUCCGCGCUCGCAAGUCUGCACAACAAGCAGUAAUUAUUGAGAGCGGUAGCUCUACAGCGCCGGAUUUCCGCACCAUCCUCCAGUCUCACGCUGGACCUUCCGAUCGCCGUGAGUCGGCUGCCAGCGCGAGCACCGCAACUGCUAGAAGCUUCAGGGAAUUGCAUAGAAAGUACAGCACUGCGCAAGCAGCCAAAGCUGCUUCGUCUGGCGGAAAUCUCACCAUCCCAUCUGACGAAGACAGCGAUGCUGCGGUGAGCUUUUCCGAUGGAAGGCGAACUCCUUUGCCGCCUAUCGAGGCGGAAGGAGUUGAGGAAGAAGACGAAGAAGAUGAGGAGGAAGAGGAUGAAGAUGACGGCGCCGAAGACGAAGACGAGGGCGACUACGCCAGCGCCCCGACAAGCGCUCGUCAAGCACAGUUCUUCACACCAGAGCCUCCUGCGUCACCGGAGCCGGAGGGCUCCAAUGAUGAAGAACACAGCAAGUCAGUGGAGGGAAAGGAGAGAAUUUCUAGUCCUCCAUUACAGGCGGUCACCGCCUGA